GUUUAUCAAAUUCUACAAGAGGUCAAGAUUAAGCAAGAUCAUUUUGACAUUUACCGGAAGGAAGAAAUACCUGAGAGAUGGCAUUAUCAGAAUCACCACAGAAUCGCACCAUUGAUUGUCCAAGCCCAUAGUGGAUGGAUACUUGAUUUUCUUAACCAAUCCUCCUCGUCAACAAAGUUUCAGGGGGCACAUGGCUAUGUUCCUGAGGAGAAGGAGAUGAGAGGAAUCUUCUAUGCUGUAGGACCAAGUUUCAAGAGGAGGUUUAAGCAUGGACCUGUGAGUGCAGUAGAUCUCUACCAACUUAUGUGUCAUGUACUGGAGCUACAACCAUCACCACACAAUGGCACAUGGAGCA